UCUGAAAAUCUAGCUCCAUGCCACAUAUAUAACCCAAUCUUGACGUCACAGAUAUUAGCUGUCAUCGCUCUUUUCUCUCUGGCUCAAUCCAUCCGUCCGUCUUUCCCUCCCUUCAAUACUCCUCUCCUCGAUAACACACUCUUCCCAAUUUUAUCCCAUUUAUUUCCCUCUAUUUAUAACCCAAUUACCCUUCUCUCUCAAUUUCUCUUCAUGCGAUUCUAGUUUUUGUUACCUUCCAACCACCCCCUCCCUCUUCCCCAAAUCCGAAAACCCUUUUUUUUUUUUUUUUCUUUUUUUCAAAUGCAGCCCCAGAAAUAUUAUUCAGCAUCAUCGUCGGAGAUACAGCUUGGCCUUGAGACCUUAACGAUUUGUCCAAAGAAGAGCCAAACUGAAAAGCAUUGCAAUUCUUGCAUGAUUGCCUCAAACGUCGUUUCCUCAUCGCCUUCUUCUUUGAUCGGUGAUUACAUUGGCAUGGAGAGUUGCUUUGAUCUCGACAAAAGCGAAGGGGUUUGUGUUUCCAAGACUUGCAGUGGUGGUCAUGAUGUUAAUAGCAACGAUUGUUCUGGGGUUUGCAAUAGAAGACGUGGGAAGAGAGAACAACGGUGUAAGAGGAUGAAGAGAGAGUUUCCUCCUCCAAUACCGUCGCUUGCCCGCACCGGAAAUCUGUUUUCUCAUACGCCUUGGGUGCUCAGGCGGUAUUACACUAGCGAUGGACGGUUGAUUCUUAGGGAGGAGAAGGUGAGACACCAUGAAUAUUUCCGGGCUCACCGAUCCAAUGGUCGUUUAACGUUGCAUCUUGUGCCCUUGGAUGAGAACGAUUUGGCUGACCAUCAUCCUACUGAUGGUAUUGAGGAUUGCAAGAUUGAUCAUGAAGAAGCAAAGGAAAAGGCUGAAGUCAAUGUCUUUGACAGCAAUAUUAACAAUGACGAGGAGGAUGAUAAGAGUAAUAUUGUUGAAACUUUGGUUGAAGAUAAUGAUGCUGUGAUUGAAGAUUCAAUUGUAAAAUGCUCAUCAAUGGCUGAGACUCCAAUGGAGAAUGGGAUUGCAGCAAAUGGAGGAAAAUGCUUGAACUGCAGCAGUGUAAGAGCAAGUCCCACUUGUUUUCUCGGUUUGCCAGUGCCAGCAAUCAGGCCAGUUCACAGUUAGGUAGCAAAGCCUCUUCCAUAAGGAGUCAAAUUUUCUAUUUUUUUUUCUUUUUCCAAUUUUCCCCUUCUUUUGGGUCGUCAUCUUCAUUGAUGUGAUAAGAGUGAUUUGUCUUUUUCAUGCCCUUUUAGGGUUAGUGGUAGAGGCUCCAAGGGGUAUGAUCUUGUUAGGGUUUCGUUGUCUUGUGGUUAUGAACAAAUAGGUUUUUCGUUUUGGUAAGGGAUGAGCUUUUUGAGUUUUUCCCCUUUUUUUUCCCUUUCUUGGGUUUAUCUAGCUGGCCAUUUUCAUGUCUACAUUAUUCGAUGCCAAGUGCUAAAUUCCUUCUUAUGCAACUAUUUCCUUUUCUCCUCCUUUAUGUUUGCAAAGAAAGGAUACUGUAGAUGGAUAUUGACUAAACAACAUAACAUGGCACAUGCAAGCUGCUGUAAGGGUACAUUUUGAUGGGGAAUGGG